CCUCCAUGUUCGCCGUAAGGAUGGGGUUCCCGUAUGAAGAUUUGACUACCCCAAAAUCUCUUUCGCUGUAUUCGGAGUGGCUUAAUCAGAGCUGCCAGCCAAACUACUGGCAGAAUGUAGUACCAGACUCUUCAAAAUCCUGUGGACCAUAUAAAAAGACUGAAAAAGUAAUUCAUAAAGAAGACUGGACCAGCUCCCAAAGAAGAAUAAACAUUCAUAAUCACGAUACUAUUGGUAUGAUUGUGAUUGGUGAAAGUGGAACCGUUGCUGCUGGAACAUCUACUAAUGGUGCAAUCCACAAAAUUCCCGGCCGUGUAGGAGACUCUCCAAUAGCUGGAGCAGGGGCUUAUGCUGAUAGUACAGCUGGAGGAGCUGCAGCCACUGGAGACGGUGACAUCAUGAUGCGCUUCUUACCCAGCUAUCAAGCUGUGGAGUAUAUGAGAAUGGGAACAGACCCAACAGCAGCCUGUCAGAAAGUUAUUUCCAGAAUCCAGAAGUAUGCACCAAACUUCUUCGGUGCUGUUAUAUGUGCCAAUACAACUGGAAGUUACGGUGCUGCAUGUAGUAAAACUCCAGGACUCACCCAAUUUCACUUCAUGGUUUAUAGCCCUUCACUAAGUCAGCCAUCUGAGCAAGUAGUAGAUUGUAUUUAAUUGCUUUUGUACUAGUCACAUCUAAACUUGGAA